CGUCAAACUUCAUUCCGAAUUUCCAAUCAAUAAUCAUUUCUUCUAGAGAGAUCGAAAAUCAAGAAAAUUGCAAGCGCUAGACAGCGCGCUAAGCCUAACGGUGGACGUGAGACGACGACGAUGAAGGAAAGUUCAUCGUCCAUGACUCCAUUGCUUUUCCGUAACCUCAUAACCUCCCUCUUCAUUCUGGCAGAGACUUCCAUUUCCAGCUUGGCCCAAAAACACAAAGCCCUAGAACUCAUACGCUACGUUUUCGUCUCUUGCUUCCUUUUCUUCCUGCGUCUGCUCCUUUCUUUAAACCCUAGGUCGACCAAGAAUAGUGAAUCCCUAUUUUCCACCGUGUACGACUAUAAUGAAAAGCCUCCCAAUAAGGUUACUGGCCGAAAAAACAAGUAUAUGCCGGCAGCAAAUGGCAGAGCCGGCGGCGACAGCGACAACGAGAAGGACACAGCCAUAGCUCGAGCGCUUUCGCAGCUACUAUCGAUCGUGAAUGAUAUCCCGGUAAGCUCCCGCAAGUACCAAGUGGUUCGAUCUUUAGCGGAGAAUCUCAUCCAUGAAAACCAGAAAGAGGGCGUGGAGGCUCUGCGUCAAGUCAACCGCAGGGCUCUGACGGCAGCGUUUUCCAGGACUCUAAACCAGCUUGAAGCCGCCGCAAUUCUCGAACAGCAGCAGCACCACAGCGGCGGUGAUAUUGAUGGUUUGGUUUGUGGUCAUCAUCAUUGGGCAGUAAGGGCCGUUCGGUUGGUUGCCGACGUGGUGUGGUCAAAGGAGGUUACUAGCAGUGGGGGGUCGAGGAGCUCGGAGGAAAAGCUAGCGGCGGAGCUCCUGUGGUUGGCUGAGACAAUGGCGAGUUGUGGCUUUGCUCAAGAGGCUGUGUGGAGAUGGGCGUCCGCCUCUGGUUUGGCUCGUCUCUCUAUUACAGCCGAACCCCGCCUUCAAGCGUCCUUAGUCAAGCUUUCAGCAUUGUUGUUGAAGUAUGCCAAAGACAUGGGAGUGGAUAAAGGUGAUGAUCAUGAACAUGAUUACAAAGGCUCGAACGAGAAACGAGAAACAAAACAAGUAAAAAUGCAAAUGCAGAUGUUGGUGUUGUGGAUUCCAUUGCUGUGCAUAGCCAGCAACGGCACCGAUGUGCCGGUUUUGAGCAUCAACGAAAGGGCUGAGCUGGAGAGAGUACUGGAAGAGAUCAUAGAGAAGCAGCUGGCAGAAGAAGAUCAAGAGCGAGUUCUAACCUUGUGGCUUCACCACUUCACAUGUUGCUCUUCUUCCGAUUGGCCCAAUCUACAUGCCUCUUACGCUCGCUGGUGUAAAGCUUCGCGGAAGCAAUUGCUAAUUUAG